AUGUCAAAUAAUGAAAAUAUUAAAAAUUUAAUUGAUAUAAAUAAUAUAAAUAAUAAUUUAAAUCAAUCAUAUUGGGAAAAGAAAUCAUUAUCAAAAUAUGAUUAUAUUGUAAUUGGAUCAGGUAUAGUUGGAUUAUCAACAGCAAUUUCAAUUAAAGAGAAAUCACCACAAUCAUCAGUAUUGAUAUUGGAAAGAGAUACACAUCCAAAUGGAGCAUCAACCAAGAAUGCUGGAUUCGCAUGUGUUGGUAGUUUAACAGAGAUUUUAGAUGACUUGAAAACAAUGUCAGAAGAAGAAGUAUUGAAUUUAGUGAAUGCUCGUUACCGUGGUUUAGAACUCUUAAGAAAAAGAUUGGGUGAUGAUAACAUUGGUUAUAAAAAUAAUGGUAGUUUUGAAUUAAUCGAUUCAAGUUCACAACUAUCGAAUGAGUUACUCUUAAAAGAGAAAAUAGAAUCUGUUAAUAAAAUAUUAAGAAAAGUGUUCCCAAGUGACGCAUUUACAUUAUGCACAAAUGAGGAAAUGAAAUCAUUUGGAUUCAGUGAUAAAAUUUGUAGUUUUUUAAUUAAAAAUAAUUUUGAAGGUGAGAUUGACACUGGUAAAAUGAUGUUCCAAUACACUGAAUUGGCAUUAUCAUGGAAUGUCCAUAUUAAAAAUGGUUCAAGAGUUUUAAAAUUUAUUGAUAACGAUGAUGGGGUAAUUGUUCAUGUUGAGAAUCCAUUUGCAUUAUCAAAUUCAACAUUAACUAAACCAAUGGAAUUUCAAUGUAAGAAAUUGGCAAUUUGUACAAACGCAUUCACUGGUGAUUUGGUAAAUGAUAUUGAUAUUACACCUGGUAGAGGACAAGUUUUGAUAACUGAUCCAAUUCCAGGUUUACAAUUAAAAGGUAUUUAUCAUUUUGAUGAAGGUUUUUAUUACUUUCGUGAAAAAGAUGGUUGUAUCUUAUUUGGUGGUGGUAGAAAUUUAGAUUUUAAAACUGAAGCUACCACAGAAUUUAAAUUAAAUCCAAUGAUUUUAAAUAAACUUUAUCAACUAUUACAAGAACAUAUCAUUCCAAAUACAAAAUUCACUGUAAAUACAGUUUGGUGUGGUAUUAUGGCAUUUGGUAAAGAUAAAAAACCAAUUAUUGAAUUUUUAAAUGGUUCAAAAAAUGUGGUUUUAGGUGUGCGUAUGGGUGGUAUGGGUGUUGCAAUUGGUUCCUUAGUUGGUAAAUUAUUAUCAAAUAUGUUAAUUAAUUCAAAUAAUUUAAAUUCAAAUAAUAAUAAUAAUACUAUUAAUAAUUUAAUUUCAAAAUUAUAA